AAAAAAAACUUGAUAAAAAAGAUAAAAAUGGACAUCUACAAAACCAAAAAUAGGCACUUUAGGAUAACUAAAAGAUAAAAUUAUGAAAAAGCUUGGUAUGAAUUACUUUUAAGGCAAUUAGAAGUUUGUUUAAAAUUUUACAAACCUCAUUUUGAGCUUGAGUAUUAAUAUUAACCAGAAGCUAGUUAAGAAAACAAAUAAUUUGAGUUUCAGUAAAGAAAAUUUUACUUAAGCUUGAGUGUCUUUGAUAAUUAACAAAACAUUAAAAAGAGACUUAUUGUUUUUGAGAACAGUAUAAUAAGCCAAAAAGCUAUUGACUAUUACAUUUAGCUAUUGAAAUACUUUCCUAGAAAGGAUUUGAUUUAUCAUAUCUACGAUUCCUAUUACUUAGAUAGUAAAAAAACUUUCUAUGUCUUUGAAAUGGAACAUCCUAAAACUAUUAAUUUCUAAAAUUUCAUAGAUUAUUUUGAUGUUGUUCAAGAUACAAUUCAAAAAAUCCAAACGGCAUUCUGUGAUCAACUUAUUAUUUUUGACAGAGUUUAACUAGCUAAAUAAUUUAGAUCAAGUGAUAAAAAUAAAAUAGAUUUAUUUAAUUAAGAAUAUUUAAUUCGAAUUUUUUCAGAUUAAACAUAAAUUGAGACAAGUAUGGAAGAUAUCUAAAAAUAAAUGUAUGCUUAAUUUUAUAAAUAAACACCACUCAGCAUUUGUUUUUUUUAAUUCGAAGACAUUUUUAAAAAUAAAUUAAAUUAAAUAUAUGAUUUGAGUGACUAAGAAGAAGAAAAUACAGAUGAUGAUAAUGAAAAUAUUUAAUAAGAAGAUAUCGCAAAUAACAAUGAUAAUGAUAAUGAUGAGGAUGACACAUCUUAAAAAGUUGAUUCAUAAGAUUUACUAUCUGUAUUUUCCUCUAUAUUUGAUUAAGAUUCUUAGUUGAAUUAUUUUACAAAAAGUGAAGAUGAGAUAGAAUCUUAAGAGGGCAGUUUGAACUCAGCCUAGGAUCUUUAACAUAAUGAAUGCUAAACUUCAAGCGCUAAAUCUUUCCAGCGUUAGAAGUCGAGUUAAAAAGCAGAAUCUCAAACUGAAGAGUUUAGCUCUUUAGCGAAUCAAUCAAGUAAAUAAAAGAAAUUAAAAGGCAAAUAAUCUAAUUAGCAGCUUUAUAAAAAAUCAAAAAACAAAAAAAAUAAUAAACCUAGAAAGAAAAGUUAAUAAGUUCAUGAAUAAAUAUCUUAAGAAUUAAUCUCAGAAAACGAAUCCUCAUCUUAAAGCUAGUAAGAAAAUAAGAGUUGUGAAUCUUAAAGUGAUUUAGAAGAGGAAAUUUCUCAAGUAGAAGAAGAGGAUAUUUCUGAAAUAGAAGAAGAUGAGAUUUCUUAAGUUGAAGAAGAGGAUAAUGACUAAAUCAGUUAAAAUAAUUCAGAAGAUAAAAUAUCGGAACAAUCGAAGCCUUCAGAUGAAGAAUAAGACUCUAUUUUAUCUUCGUUUUGGAAUUUUGAUUAAGAAUUAUUAUAGCAACUAAUAGAUUUUUAAUAAAGUAUUUUCAUUACAAUUAAAAAGGAUAGUCUUGUAACUAAAAUAAAAGAAAUCUAUCCAGAUAUCUUGAAUUACCAUCAAGAGGAUAUAUUCUUUUUACUCCAACAACAUCCCAAGUAUGAUGAUUUCGAAUUACUUUCAUACAAUUCUGAACAAUUUAAGCUCAAGUGCAGGAAAGAUGAUAAUGAUUUCAAAACAUUGUUGGUUAAGAAAUUUAGUUGCUUUUAAAAGAUUUAAGAAGAAGAAAAACUAAUAAAUUAAUUAGCAAAUAUCACAAACAAUUUAAUUUUCACAGAAAUUUUACUUCUAGAAAAAUAUUCCUACCUUUUAGUAGAAUAAAAGUAUUUUUAACCCAACAAUCAGAUUUAUUUGUAUCCAAAUUUUGAAGAUUUAAUUAAAUAGUUAAAAUAUUAAAAUUAAUUAAAAUUUUUAAUAUUUAAAUUAUUUAUCUAAGUAAGCUAUGAAUUAUUUUCUAGAUACAAAAUAAAAAUUACUAACGUAAGUCCUUCCAAAAUUUUCUUUUAUGGUAACCAUAAAACUAUUAAUGGGGAGAAAAAUUUUAGAGUAAUCAUUAAAGAGAUAAGUUAAGAAAGGUUUGAUAAAUAAUACAUAGAUUUAAUCAAAUCUGAUGAAGCAGAAUAGGAAUUAAGCUAAUAUUAUGAAGAUAAUAGCAAAAAAAAUUUAGUAACUUUAAUGAUUUAGUUUAUUAAUAACUUGAAUGACCAAUCUUAAGAGGAUAUAUUCAAUAUUUAUAAUUAGAUUUGUUAACAUAUAAACUUAUUGCUAUAUUUUGAAAACAGUUAUGAUAUGAAGAUUAUUAAUAACAAUAAGUUACAUUAAGAUUUUGUAAUUAAUGAUCGUUAAUAUUCAUAUCAAUAAGAAUAAUUAACUACAUCAUUAGGAAUUGAUCUAGCUCAUUAUAUUGAAUUAACAAAUGAUAUUUUUGACAAAAACUUAAUUAUUUACCACAAUUUCUUUAAAUUAAACGAAUGGAGCUUGCCUUCAGAUUAACAAGAAGAGUUUUAGAAGCAUUUAAAUUUAUUCUAUAGCUAUUUAGAAAAAAUCAAUUAAAAAUAGGAUAACCUACAUGAAAAAACUUUAUAAAAAAACGAUGAUUAGGAAAUAUCAAGUUAGAAAGAGCUAGAUGAAAAUUAAAUUAAGAAAAUAGUAAAUUUAAAUUAAUCUUCUAUUCUUCUUGAAUUAAAGGCUUUAAUCAGUAUCUGCUUUGAGCAUAAUCUCAAAAAAAAGGUCUCUUGUAACAUAGAAAUUACUGAUAAUCAAUUAUUUGAAAAUUAAACGCACUUUACUUCUUAUGAUUAUUAAUAUUAUAAAAUUUCUAACGAUUUAUUAAAACAAAAAUCUUAAGUUGUUAAAAUAGAAUUAAAGAAAUCUCUUUCAAAAGUAGAAAUAAGUUUUGUAAACUUUCAACAAAAAAUAUUUGUCAUGGACCUCACUGAUUCUUAUAGUAAUCUUAAGUAUUACGAGUUAACUAAGGAAAAUUUUAGCCUUGCCAACCUACAAAGACUUAUGAAAAGAAUUUUAUAUUAUGAUGAAAUAUAGAAUAAUGAUAUAAAAUUGAAUUUUAAAUUGCUAUAAAAUUUCGAAAAUUUAUAAAGAUUGGCUUUAAAUUUAAGUGAGGAAAACUUGUAUGAGACUUUAAAGGAUUAUGAAUAAAUAUAGUUAUUUAGGUAGCAUUAAAAAAUACUAUAGAUGAAAUUGUAAGUAAAUUAUCAAACUUAAGGAUUACCAAGGUUAAUAAAACAUAUCAAUUUCAUUAAAGAUUUAAAUACAAUUAUUAUUGAUGAUGAUGAUUUUAAUUUUGAUGAAGAAUAUACAAAAAAGUCGAACAAAUUCAUUAAUUAGCUUAAAAAACUAAAAAGGGUUACUGUUGUUAAAAGCACAGCUGAUUAUUUGAAUGACGAUUCUGUUGAUUCUAUUGAAAAUGAAUGA